AUGGGAAAGGAUUACUAUGGAUUUUGUAUCGGGUUUACCCAAGAACCUGCUGGUUAUGACUCCAUCCGGGUGUCUCCUAUGCGUGGUGUAUUGCGGUUUGGCAAGAAGGGCAAAUUGGCACCUCGUUAUGUGGGACCCUUUGAGAUUAUUGGCAGAAUUGGAGAUGUGGCAUACAAACUAGACUUGCCACCGAACUUCUCGCACGUGCAUCCGGUAUUCCACAUAUCGAUGUUAAGAAAGUAUAUUUCAGACCCUUCGUAUGUGUUACAACCACAAAAUGUGGAAGUUGGUGAAGAUUUGACUUACGAGGAGCAGCCAGUCAGGAUCGUGGAUACUCAAGUUCGCCAGCUGCGCUCUAAAAUUAUUUCGAUGGUCAAAGUUUUGUGGCGGAAUCAUUUGUAUGAAGAGUGCACACAGAAACCGGCGGAAAUGAGAAGCCUCUACCCUCAUUUAUUUCAAUCCUAA